UUCAGGGAACCACUCUCUUCAGCAGCAUAUAAAUCAACAAAUAAUGAGAACAAUACCAAUUUUCAAUCAGAGACUCCCAUAAUUGUUGGGGAUGAGAAUAAAGACGCUCAAUCAUUGUAUCAGAAAAUUACACCAAUUAAUACAUUUAAAAAUACCAGAAACAUUCCUAGUGAGGCAAUCAAUAUAGAUAUGACUGAAUUAGCAUCAAGCAGUAAUGAUAUGAAUCAGAGCCACGUCCCACUUCAAGAUAUCAGUAAUGCAAAUAUGGCUACUGAGACAAUGAAUAUAAAUUUGCCUGAUUUUGCUGAAAAUAAUGUAAUGAUUGAAAAGCCCCAAAUUAUAAGAAAUAUUAGUGCACCUAACAAGAUCAUUAAUAUUACUAUGGAUGGAGCAGUGAUAAAUGAUAUUAACCAAGAUUUGACAAGUAAUGAAUUACCAAAUGAUGGAAAUAUAAAUGCACAAAACAACAUGUUCACUAUAACCUUGGAGGAAUCUGAAAAUGCCAAAAAUAAUAUUAAUGAAGAGUCAAGAAGUGACGAAUUGCCUGAUCUGGUAAAUAUAGAUACACCUGAUAUCAAUAUGACAUUAGAGGAAACUUCAGAAACUUAUGAUGAAACAGAAACUAAUGAGAAUUAUCCAAGUAUACAAGUUCCAAGUAUCAGUAACAUAAAAGUACCUGGUAAAACAAUCAAUAUAACUCUUGAUGAAUCUGCAAGUAAUAAUAUUGGUACCAAAAAGCCAGUUGCUAAAAUUGAAAUACUUAGUUCUACUGUCAUUAAAAAUGGCAAUGGAGAUAUGAACUCAGGGCAGACAUGGCAGUUGCCAAAGGUAUAUGCUCAAGCCUUAGCAGAUAUGAACAAUCAAAACACAUCAAGGCAUCACGAAACUAGCACACAAAGUGUUAAGUCUGCCAGUAGAAGCUUAAUGGACAUCAAUCAGUUAUUAGAUUUUAGAGAUGAUGUUCCCAUGGAAGAGGAUAAUCAGCAUGAGUUGGAAACACCAGUUUCAAGCGGAAAUGUCGAAAAGCUGACCGUAAGUGAACAUGAUGAAACAGUUCCACGUCAAAGUGAUUCAGUACUAUAUACGGCAUCAAAUCGUGGUGCGCUGCAAUUAAUAUUGAACCGUUUUAUGUAUUACUGCCACUACCAGCGACAAAAUGGCCGGAAAAGACGAUGGCGAUGUAUAGAAUACAGGGAUCAAAAAUGCCUCGCUGCGAUUGACACUGUAGGCGAACAGAUUGUGGAAAGAAAGCAUAUACAUUGUCAUCCUAAUCAUGACGAUAAAAUCUGCAGAAAAAUGACACGAAGAGAUGUGAAAGUUUUUACGACUAUUCAAAUGGCAGAAGACGUGCUGAAAAAAAAGAAGACUUCGUAACUUUUUACGCUCAAAGAAGAUGUGUUAUAAAUGGUGAAUUUGUUGACAUGACCAUUGCGGCUGACGGACACUUUGUAAAGGUUCAUCAAAUGGUGAUGGCCAUGGCCAGCCCAUAUCUGAAGGAGCUCAUAACAUCUGCUCCGUGCCAACAUCCAGUUAUUUUCCUCAAUAAUGUAAACCACAAGACAUUGUGUUCUCUCUUAGAGUAUGUUUACACUGGUGAAGUCCUUCUUCCAGCUGAGAACCUGGCAACCUUUGUAGAAACUGCCAGAUCUUUACAUAUUAAAGGAUUGGAAAGCUUGGCCAGUAGUGAAUAUUUACCAAUGCGAAUGGGUACCAACAUAUCACAGUUGGAAACAAAUGAACUUAGCAACAUUUUAACUUCUUCUACAGACAAUACUGAACAGAUGAACUUGCCUGUGACAAGAAAAAUAGCCUUAAAAGCAUGUAGUAAAUCAACAACACCUGCAGCUCUAAAAUCUAGAUUAAAUGUACCAGAAAAUGUUCCUGAAGUGACAGACUACGCUAUGGCUGAUGACACCGCACAUCACCUUUCGGAUGACGACCACGACUUUCGGAUCCAACCGUCCGCAAAUUCGAUGUUAGAGACUACACCGGACUCUGAAAAAUAUUCAUCGAACCUACAAUUCACCGUAUCGAUACGUGGCUCACUGCAAAUAAUCCUGAAUCGUUACAUCUACAACCUGCACUCUGUGACGCACCGUACUGGCGUGCGGCGCUGGCGCUGCGUCGACUACCGCAACCACAAGUGUAUGGCUUACGUCGUGUCCAACAAGAACGUCGUGGUUGGCAGAGGGAAUCUCCAUAACCACCCAUUCCACGAUAAAAAGAUACUGUCGAAAAUCGAGAAAAAUGUUGUCUACUCUGCUUUAGACGACGUCGAAGGCUACAAGGAUAAAGAACCCACCGCAGACUCCGGCAAAGACGCGAAUGCCAUGGAACACGACAACGAAUACCUCUCCUUAGACUUCAGCGAAGAAAACGAACCUUGUAGUAUUAUAAAGCAUGAGUGAAAAGUGAAAUGGGUGACACUUAAAACGAAUUCAGACUGUUGUAGUGAAUAAAGUUAGGUUAAAA